CACCUAUUGGCGUGAAAUGCAAUCACUGUUUGCCUCCAAUUGACAGUCAAUUCACGUGUGCUUUCAUAACACAAACACUCAUUGAGUUCACCAUUCAUUAGAUCUUAUCAGUGAUUACGAGAGAUAAGAGACAAUGUCUUCGCCGCUGAAGAAGAGGAAACACGACGAAGAAGCCGAAGACGAGGCCAACACUGAUGACAAACGAGCCAAAGAUGACGAAGACAUAGAUGAAGAGGUGGACGACGGGUCCGAAGACUCGGAGGAAGACUCGGAUCUGGAGUCCGAUGACAGCGAAGGCGAUGAGUUCACUGAUAAGCAGGAAGAGGUGGAGGACGAGGAGGAAGUGGAGGCCUACCUACUACUCCUCCUAAUGCUGCAGAUACCGCAGUGA